UGUUGACCCUUUUGGUCCACAUUAAAAGUAUAUAUACACUGAGUGAUUUGCUCGCAACACUCACCAAACUCUCACACUAUACCAUUCUUACGUCCCAAGAAACUCAAAACUCAACAUAACCCUAAGUUUCUGCGCAAGCAACCUUCAAGAAGAAAAUGAAGUCUGGUGAAACUGAAAGCGUGGAAACAAGCAAAGGUAUCCAGAAGAGCGGUUUGAUGAGCAGAAGAAUUGCGAUUCUCGAGUUUAUCCUCAGGAUCGUUGCCUUUUUCAACACCAUAGCUAGUGCAAUCCUCAUGGCAACCACUAAUGAAACUCUGCCUUUCUUUACUCAGUUCAUACGGUUCCAUGCCGAAUACAGCGACCUUCCAGCCUUAACAUUCUUUGUGGUUGCGAAUGCUAUCGUAAGUGGUUACCUCAUCUUGUCGUUACCUCUGGCCUUUGUACACAUCGUCAAGAACAAGACUCAGAACAGUAGAAUUCUUCUUAUCUUCCUUGAUGUAGCAAUGUUGGGUCUUGUUACUGCUGGAGCAUCUUCAGCAACAGCUAUUGUCUACUUAGCACACAAAGGGAACAACAAGACUAACUGGUUUUCUAUAUGUCAACAGUUUAACUCCUUCUGUGAGCGUAUCUCAGGGUCUUUGGUUGGAUCUUUCAUUGCCGUUGUCCUCCUCAUUCUUCUCAUUCUCCUCUCAGCUAUUGCUCUUUCCCGAACCUGAUAUAUGAGUUCUCUUUGCCUCUGAUUUAUUACAUGAUUUGGUGUGUAAGAAAAUGAGCUUUCACUUUAUAUCUCCUCUGCGUUUCUUGUUUUUCUUUUCUCAUAUCCAUUGUAAUUUUCUAUGUGGUUCUAUGCUUUCUAUGUAAUGGGUUUCUAUG